AUGGCGCGCUACUUGAAAAACGCAAAAUGUUGGAGAGGGAGAAUGUGCCUCGUUUAACGUCACGUAAUUUAAUUGAAAAGUGUAUUUCGGAUGCAUGGAAGGAUGGAAAGUGACACAAAGAGAGACUUCGGUGUGCUGUACACACACCAAAAGACCAAAAAGAGUAAAACUUGGCAGGAUGGAUUUUUACGUCUUAGUGCUCAGGGUACGAGAGCCAUUUUGCUGGAUGAGAAAGGCUCCAAACUUGAUGCUCUACAUGUCAAACCUGACCAGGUCUCAGUGGGGGAAGAGCUUGAGAGUGAUCGCUAUUUGAUCACAAUUGAAGAAGAGAAAGCUACUACACUGGCUUCGGCCUGUAGCAGUGAAGUUCAUCAGCAACAGCAGCAACAACAACAACAACAACAAAAGCAGCAGCAACAGCAGCAUCAACCAGCAUUUGGAAGUCAGAAAAGAAUACCUCUGAAAAGAAAAAGAACGGGUUUUACAGUCCCCAGACAAGCAUCCAAAAAGUUAGCAACAGAAGAUGCAAGCUUGACUUCUACAUCCGUCAGCCAUACCCCUUCCUCAGUAGUGGACCACACGGACCCAGUCACCAAACCCACUCUCUUCAGCAGGCCUUUCGCAACAGCAGGAGAAAGCAAAAGCUUCAGGACAAACUUUUUAAAUGUGUAUGAUGGAGGGAUGCAAGCAAGUACAAGUGCAAAUGUGGCUACCUGUGUCAGCAUGGAUGGAAAGUCUCCCAUCACUUGGGAUCCACGUUACCCUUCAGACCUCAGUGGGAGAACAUUUCAAGAAAACCAGACGCCAGUAACUUCUGGUAGCGACAAUAGCUUUGCUCCACCUUGUUUUGAUGUUGGAACUCCCCAGAUGGACCCCACAUGCACCUCUGAUGUUUGCAAUGUUGAAACAACAAACAACUUGCAUCACAGUUUUUGGCAGGACAACCAACCAACAGAAAAUGGGAUGGGCCGACAUGAGUCCGAUGAGGUUGAACAACUGAAGGAAAAUAUUCCCAACUUCAGUCUUACAGAUGAGCACUCCAUGCAGAAAUCCAAGACUAUUCCCUUAAAGGAAAAUGUUUCAGAGGCAAACAACGAGCGGAACUCUGCAGGAAGGAGAAGUACCUCACAGAUUCUUGCUCUUCUCGGAAAUGGGAAAACAAAGAUUAAGCCCCCUGUAAAACAGCCAGAGCUUGAAUCAGACAUUGAAGUGGCACCCAAAACCCAACCAAUUCCAGCUUCUGAUAUCCAAGUCGCAAUCUCACCAAAGGUGCAUUUUCAAGCUUCAGAACCUUCAUUUCCUGCACUGACAUUUUCUGAGGAUGAAGAUGUGAUGACACUUUUGGGACAGGCAAAGGCAGAGUCUACGGCUGUUUCGUGUAUUGAUCCACCAAGAGAUGCAAUACUUCCUGGCACAGAUGAUAGUAAACCUUCAUUGAUUUUCAACAGACAAGGCAAAACUGAAACGACACAAGAUGAAUCUCCAGCCUUUUCAGUUAAACACGCAAUGUACCCUGAAAGCAUGGAAAAUGGAGUAAGAUGUGAAAACUCAAUGGAAGUACAAAUCACGAAAGCAGCAGUUGGAAGAGAUGAAAUUGCCCAAGAAAGUGACUUCUCCCACAUCACUAACGGUGUAGAACAAAAAAUCUCAGAGCAAGAUCGGGAUCACGGUUACCCUUGUAGAGUCACACGUAUGGAGGAAACAGAGAAUCUGAACCUUAGCGAACCCACUGAAGAUGAUAGGAAACAGACUCACGAUAACCAAGAAGAAGAAAAAUUUUGGGAACAGGGAGAUACAAACGAGGAUAGAAGUAAUGAGGAUACUUGUAGAUGUAAUCAUAGUAAUAGAAAAGAGGAUAGGCAUAGUGACGAUGAAAGUGUGAACCAGGCCGAUACUUUCCAGGCUGGAACUAGGAGGGAAGACAGGUACUGUAGUGAUAGGAAGCAGGAUAACUCCAUCCAGAAUAGAGGGAACGUAGACAAUGACCAGGAAGGUAAAAACCAGGACAGUACUAGCAAAGAGGAUAGUUACUGUAGUAACAGAAAACGGAGUAGUUUUGAGGAUAACAGAAACUUCAAUGAGAACCAGGGAGAUACUUUCCCAGAAAGUAGAUGUGGGGAUGGCAGUUGCCAUAGUGAUAGGAAACAGGAUAGCUGUCAUCAGGAUGAAAGAAAAUUAAGCAACGGAGACAAACAAAAUAAAAAUCAGAAUGAUAAGAUUCAGGAUGGUGGCAAUGGAGAUGAUAGGGAUCAUGUUAAUAGGAAUGACAGGGAUAUCGAUGAAGACAUUAGCAUCCUGGAAAAUGGGAAUGAUGCAGGUCAGGGAAACUGUAACCAUGGAGAUGAGGACAAGAAUGACAAGAUCCAAGGUGAAAGGACCCAGGAGGAAGUAAACCAUAUUGAUAGUGUCCAGGGUGAAUGGAACUUGUUUCCUAGGACUUUUGAAAAUAAUUCCCAGGAUGACAGAGAACAAGAAAGUUGGAGCAAGGAUGACAUAAUCCAAGAUGACGGGAACUGUGAUGACAGAAACCAGGAUGAAAGGAACUGUGAUGACAGGAACUGGGAUGACGCGAAGUGUGAUGACAGGAACCAGGAUGAAGGGAACUGUGAUGACAGGAAUCAGGAUGAUGGGAACUGUGAUGACAGGAACCAGGAUGAUGGGAACUGUGAUGACAGGAACUGGGAUGACGCGAAGUGUGAUGACAGGAACCAGGAUGAAGGGAACUGUGAUGACAGGAAUCAGGGUGACAGGAACCGUGAUGAUGGGAACUGUGAUGACAGGAACCAGGAUGAUGGGAACUGUGAUGACAGGAAUCAGGAUGACAGGAACCGUGAUGAUGGGAACUGUGAUGACAGGAACCAGGAUGAUGGGAAGUGUGAUGACGGGAACCAGGGUGAUGGGAACUGUGAUGACAGGAGCCAGGAUGAUGGGAACUGUGAUGACAGGAACCGGGAUGAAGGGAACUGUGAUGACAGGAACCGGGAUGAAGGGAAGUGUGAUGACGGGAACCAGGAUGAUGGGAACUGUGAUGACGGGAACCGUGAGGUCAGGAACCAGGGUGAAGGGAACCGAGAUGAGAGGAACCAGGAUGAUGGGAUCUGUGACGACAGGAACCAGGAUAAAGGGAACUACUGUGAUGACAGGAACCAGAAUGAAAGGAAUUGUGAUGACGGGAACCAGGAUGAAGGGAAACUUGAUGACAGGCACCAGGAUGAAAGGAAUCGUGAUGACAGGAACCAGGGUGAAGGGAACUGUGAUGAUAGGAACCGGAAUGAAGGCAACUGUGAUGACAGGAACCAGGAUGACAGGAACUGUGAUGACAGGAACCAGGAUGAUGGGAACUGUGAUGACAGGAACCAGGAUGAAGGCAACUGUGAUGACAGGAACCAGGAUGAAGUCAACUGUCAUGACAGGAACCACGAUGAUGGCAAGUGUGAUGACAGGAACCAUGAUGAUGGGAACUUGGAUUGUAGGAACCAGGAUGAAGAGAGCCUUGGUGACAGGAACAAGAAAGCAGAGAACUGUGGUGACAGGAGCCUUGUCAAUACAAAGGAUGGAAACUUGUAUGAAAAGCAGCACGAAACAAUUCCACUAGGCAUGUCUGUGCCUCAACAGACAACAACAGAUGCAAAGGAUAUCUGUACCCUGUGUGGUACAGAGCUGCACAGUGCUCAAGAAAUGUGUGAAGAGUGUGCUAAAGAGAUUGAAGGCGGAUUUGAAUCAACCUUGAACUCAACAUCUGAAAUUUCUGGCAAUGCAGAAUUUGAAUGUCUAGAUCAUCAGUCAUUACGAAAUGAAAUUCUAAAGAUCCCACUCAAGGAAAAAUCUAAAGUCUCUCAAGAAACCCCCUUGACUCCGCUUAGCACUUAUGAAUUCUCCUCUCCCAAAGAGACCAUCAAGACAGAAGUCAAAGAUUUGACAGGAAAAGUUUUUGCCCAUGAAAAUCCUCUGGAAUACUGGCUGAGGAGUGUAGAGCCCUUUAUAAAUACAGAAGAGGACAUCUCAGACAGUGUUGUACCACAGAUUGGGACGUUACAACCAAGAAAUACAAAGCAUGAGGGUUUGCAGAAGCUGGACAUUGUCCAAGAAGGAAGCGUUGCUGAAACAGGUGAUAGUUGUCCAAAACCAAGCAGCAGGAGUCCAAUUGUUGGAGAACAGUGUGUGCCAGAACAGGCAGAGAGCUCAUCUGAAUAUCAUGUAUUGCAACAAGAUAACUACAGAGCUGUCAGUGAAGCAGCAGGAAAAUACGCCAUCAUCUCAGGAAUUGUACUACACUCUAGAACAGGCAGUUUAGAGCCCAGCAAGAUGGAAUUUCCGUCUUGCAUAUUCCAGGAGCAGAAGUUUUGUAGUGACCCUGCCUCAAGAUGUGUUGAUAAUCCAUCACUCAAGACACGCUCUGAUAUUCCACAGUAUCUCCCAGUGAAGUGGAAGGGAGUUGCAAGGAGAUCCAAGCAAGAAACAGUGUCUCAUAAAGUGGAAAUUGAUCAGCAUGAGUUUCCAAUGAUGGGGUCGUUACAAGUAUUGAACACCACUGGCAACCAAAUGGGGAUUGGAACUACACUCAUGCAGGAGUCUCAGAAAGAUAAUAGUUACGCCAAUGGCCUGGAGGAUCUGGCCAGAGAGAAAGAACUUACCUCACUGUCACCUCCCUUACACAAUUAUCAUAAGUUUCUACCUGGAACACGACCACUAACUUCAAAUUCAAGAUGGACACAAGAUUCAUCAUUGCAAGGUACUUCAUCAGGAGUUGAUGUUCCAAGAAGAUGCCCAGACAGCAAAUGGAGGAGCGCUUUCAAGAUGAGUCCGGAUUGUGAAGGAGACUGUUCCAGUAUGUCACCAUGCUCACCAAUAAGUAUGCAUAUCCAUGAAGACAAGGUCACAAGAAGAGUUGAAUCUCAGUUUCCUCAAUCUGUCGGUUAUGACAGUUUGUCUGAUUGCCAGAAAGUAAGUCCAGACAUAGGUACCACAGGGCUAUCAAAGAUGCCAAGAUGUUACGAAGAAACUGAAAGUAUUGAUGGUGUAUAUGUACAACGGAAUCCAAGUCUUCAAUCAAGACAGUUGUCUCCAAGAUGUUGGCCCAUGUUUCCAGGCUACAGCCAGCACUAUGCUGAGUUGGAGGCAAGAUGUGAUGAGCAACCAGAGGUACUCACUGUUGGGGAAGGUGGACCUGAUUGUAGCAGUCUUGAUCUGAGGAGAUUGGACCGUGACUGGGUGAUGGAGAUACCUGAAAGGGAUCCCUCAUCAGGAGUAGUGCCUUACACACAGGAGACUGUUGAAGGAAGACAUCCAAAUAUUAUGCAGUCCUUUCAUCCUGAGGAAUCAUCAGGAAUGCCUCCACAUUCCCAGCUUAAGAGGCGCGUGUCUGAUGAUGUCAGCAAUACAUCUGAAGGAAGCUUUCCAAGCACUACAGACAAGGAAACCAAGAAGAAGAAGAGGGACAAUUAUUGGUACAAUCCAGUAUCGAGUGGGACAGUUCGGAGAGGAACGGAAGCUCCAACAAUUUUCCAAGCCAAGGCAAGAAGAGAGGUCCCAGCAUCUACACCCAUCCAAGCUAGACAUCAAGUUCCUUAUUGGAUGCAGGAAGAAGACGUCUCUCAGGAUGAGUAUUUGAGAUGCAAAACUUCUCAUCGAUUACAGGAGACCAGUCAGUGGGAUAGGUUUCAGCAAAACUCACCAAAAUCUGGGUCUGUUUUGGAGAGAGAGUAUACAGUUACUCCUCCUCCUAGGCCUAUGUUUCAUCCUUCUCUCACAGUUGCUGAGGAUGACAUUGAUUCACGUAUUCAUCCCACCCCUGACACCAACUCUGAGUUAGGAGAAUACCUCUCUAGAGAAAGUCCUGGCUAUCAUUCCUGGAACUCAGAUCACAAUUUCAAUCGUACAUGUAGUCCCGCAUGUGAUCCAUAUUUAUCACAAUUUCUAAAGAAUGCUUCCUUGGAAGUGAAUGAAGAUGCUCCCCAUAUCUUGGAGGACUUAUCUCAUCCUGAAGUUCCAGGUUACACUCCAACAGGAUACCAGAUGCUGGAAACACCAGCAUCGUUUCGUCAACAAUUUCAUCCCACUUCUGACACCAUUUCUGUGCCUGGAGCUGAGAGAAACAUAGGCUUACCACACAUGGAAGCUACAUGCAUGUUUGGCACAACUAAACUUUUCCCUAGAGAGGACUCAGCAAGUACUUUCCAAAGCUUGCCAACUCCACACACUGGGAGAUCAGGUAGAGGCUUCCAGACCCCAACAAUGACAGUCAGUGGACAGACUGCUUUAUCAUCUGGGAGGAGCAUCUGUGGGGACUUGUUCUUCCCCUCUGCCGAUGAAGUCCAAGGCGUGGCAUCCCUCCAACGCCAAGUACAAAUCCCAGCAUCAUUCUCCUGUGUUGCUCAUUACAAGCAAGUCUUGACAUCUGCUCUGAAAGAACACCUGAAUAUCAUUCUCUUUGAGCUGAGCCAGCGAUACCACUCAGCCAAAGACAAAGCCGACGUGCAGCACCUAGACUCCUCACUGCAGCAGUCUGGUGAUCAGUCUGGCGUCAGUGCCUCGCCGCGAUGCGAUCACGGCAACCCUGCUAAGAUGGUGUGCGUCAAGAAGGAGGGAGCCAAUAAGGGAAGGUUCUUCUAUGCAUGUAGUGCUCAGAGGGCCAACCAGUGUAAGUUCUUCAUGUGGGCUGACAAGUUCAAAGGCAGUGCUACCAACUCGGAUACCAAGUCAUCAGGAUCUAGUAGACCCUCACUGACGGAUCCCACCACUGCCACCGUGUACUUCAGGAGCCAUAAUAUUAAACUGUACUAUGGAUGUGAGCUUCAGAAGAGAUCCAACUACAGUAAUCUGAUGCCUGGUGCACCUGCGUGGAUCAGAAAGCACAAGCAAAAGAUGUUGGACAACAGUAAGAAGAAGUUAUACCUGAAGCUGUCAAGAAAGGAGUCCUCGUCUUCUUAUGGCAAAGAGGACAUCUGGGUCAUCUCUAAGGACUUGACCUUUGACCCCAGGUCAACCUUCCUAGCCAGGAGUGUGUACCACGGACCGUCCUCCAACAAUGACGUGGAGAUUGAGCCACUCUAUGGAUACUCGACAUCUAACUGGACAUCAUCGUGCACUGUACACGCCCUACUGGCUUGCAAUGCUAGCUCAGAGCUGACGUGUCUCAACAACAUCCAGGAGUAUAUCAAUGCCAGGAGUGUCCCCAUACUACCGUUCCUUCUUGGCAACAGGUGUGAUGAAGCGCAGUCUGUUGUCAGGUCCAGACUAUCAGCCUUCAAGCCACCUGCUCAUCAAGCCUGCAGUAACUAUAGAAGCCUUGGCUGCUCCGCUCAGGAUAUUGAACAGAUUGCUACAGGCAUGAUUGAGAGGCACCAUCUGAACACAGACCAGGCUGCUGCAUUGAGACGAAUCGCUCUGAUGUUUCAGCAAGCAAGCAAUGAAAACGCCAACCCAGAACCUGUCACACUUAUCCAUGGUGUCUUUGGUGCCGGAAAGAGCUUCCUCCUUGCCAUCACCGUCCUGUUCCUCCUCCAGCUGUUUGAGCUCAGUGAUGCUCUUUAUCCAGGUGAUGCCUCCCAGCAGCUGCCAUGGAAACUCCUCAUCGCUUCCACCACCAAUGUGGCAGUGGACAGGAUCCUCUUAGGGUUGUUGCAGCUUGGGUUUGAGGAUUUCAUUCGCGUUGGAAGCAUCAAGAAGAUUGCCAAGCCAGUGCUGCCAUACAGUGUCCACGCCUCGGACAAGAAAGACAGUCAGGAGAUCAGAGACCUGUACGAGAUGCUGAAGACAGAUCUAACGCCUACUGAGAAACAUCACGUCAGGAGGAGCAUUGAGAGGCAGCGGCUGGGUAGGAACAAGGAUCUCCUGGGUAGUGUCAGGGUGGUGGGCGUCACCUGUGCAGCUUGUACCUUCCCUUGUAUGAGCAGUCUCAAGUUCCCUGUCAUCCUUCUUGAUGAGUGCAGUCAGAUGACAGAGCCAUCCUCUCUCCUCCCCAUCGCUAGAUUCCAGUGUGAGAAGCUGGUCCUUGUCGGUGAUCCUAAGCAGCUUGAUCCAACCAUCCAAGGCUCCGAGGCUGCUCAUCGCCACGGCCUGGAGCAGACGCUGUUCAACAGACUCAUCCUCUUGGGCUGUGAGCCAAUUCUACUACGUACUCAGUAUCGAUGUCAUCCAACAAUCAGCGCCAUUGCUAACUGCUUAUUCUAUGAUCAGCAACUCAUCGAUGGUGUAUCAUCGAAAGACAGACCUCCACUUGCUCCCAUACCAACUCUGUGCUUCUACAGUGUUUCUAGCGGCAAGGAAUGCUGCGCCAGUGAUGGUAGCUACUACAACGAGCAAGAGGCAUCCUUUGUCAUCUUUCUGAUUGAGACCUUGGUCCUACUUGGUGUAGAACCAGCUGAUAUAGGUGUCAUUACGCUGUACAAAGCACAGACGGUCAAGAUAAAUGUACUACUGCAGGCAAGCAAAUUGAGUACACAGAACAGCUUGAAAGCCAUUCAGAUCUCUACGGUGGAUGCAUUUCAAGGAGGUGAGAAGGGUGUCAUCAUCCUGUCUUGUGUCCGGACUGACUACAUGGGAUUUGCUGACUCGGAUAAGAGAACCAACGUAGCCCUGACCAGAUCUAAGAACCACCUGUUGAUUGUUGGCAACCUGCGUAUCCUAUCUGCUAACAGCUUGUGGGGCAAAGUCAUUGACCAGUCCAAGGGUGCUGAAAAUGGGAUCCAGUUUUCGCAAGCAUUCAUCAAGUACUGGACACCAAGGCUAGAAGAACUUGCAAACCAAGAAAAGAACAAGGAUCAGACAGGAUCUAAGGCUACAACUCCUGAGAGCAGCCCCAACUUCUCCCCUACAUCAGAAGUGGAAGAUUCCACAGCAAAGGUGCAACUCCCCUCCCUUCAUGACAGGAGCCCUAGCUACUCCCCUCUCUCGGCAGUGGAGGAAUCCGAAGGAGACACAAGCUUAAAAGCCAAUGAACAGAUGCCGUGUUUUGAUAUCGGAGAUAUGCAGGAUUUAUUGGAAUGA